GGGAGGCGGAAUAAGCAGAGUCUGAACAGGCUGAGAGCGCAGGGACAGACGGGAGCUAAUAUAAACGUGCUGCCCUUCACUCGGGGGCUAUCAGGGGCUAUCAGGGGCUAAGAAAACAGCGCUACCUCUGUCACUGACCUCCGGCGCUUCAAAGAGACGCGCUGAGCUCCGGCCCAUGUAGAGCGGCCAGCGGUCAUGGCCACGCUGGAGGGCUGCCGCUGCCGGGGUGCCAGCGGCAGAAACAACAGCAGCAUCCUCUACAGCAUUCUAAAGAGCGACAGCCUUGUGACCGCCGAGGAGCAACAACAACAUCACCAACAUCCCCAUCAACAACAAACACUGCAACACUUGUUCCAGAAGACGCCCUCCUCCGCCCCAGCCUCCCUGCAGGAGCUCCGGCAGCAGGCGGCUUGUUCCUGCGGCUCGACGCGCCGCCGCGGAGUCCUGCGCUCCCCGCAGGUGACGUGCAAAGCGGCGUCCGCGGUGCUGGUGAAGACGCUGCGCUUCGUGAAGAACGUCCCCUGCUUUCGAGAGCUGCCCGAGGACGACCAGCUGAUCCUGAUCCGGAGCGGCUGGGCGCCUCUGCUCGUGCUGGGACUCGCGCAGGACCGAGUGGACUUUGAGACCACGGAGACGGUGGAGCCCAGCAUGCUGCAGCGUAUCCUCACGGGGCUGCCGGACAGACAGGGCGAGUUGUUGGCCGGACAGAGCAGGGGGGCGGCCGGGGUCUCUGUGGUGGAGAUCGAAGCUAUCAGAGCCUUUCUGAAGAAGUGCUGGAGUGUAGAUAUCAGUACGAAGGAGUACGCGUACCUGAAGGGAGCAGUGCUGUUUAACCCAGAUCUGGAGGGUCUGCGCUGUCUGCACUACAUCCAGUCGCUGCGUCGGGAGGCGCACCAGGCUCUUAACGAGCACAUCCGGCUGAUCCACCGUGAGGACACGUCGCGGUUCGCCAAACUGCUCAUAGCUCUGUCCAUGCUGAGGGCCAUCAGCCCCCCGGUGGUCGCCCAGCUCUUCUUCAGACCCGUCAUAGGCACCGUCAACAUCGAGGAGGUGCUCAUGGAGAUGUUCUACGGGAAGUAGGUCACAGGUCCACGGCGGGGAGAGAUGAAUUCAGCAGCUUCAGCUGUCAGAUGGACUUUAAAAUGCUCCAAUAAGUUGGUAUUGGGUAGAAUGAGGAGGAUAUUUGGGACUGAAGAAUCUUUAAGGACUGUGAAAUGAUCAACUUUAAGCCAGAGUGUGUGUGAAUGCAUGUGAGAAUGACAAAGAGAGUGUGUUGAGGGAAAGAAGUGUUAUAAUAGAGGAAAAAUACAAAGCAGCUGCUGGAAUUCAUAACUUAUUUGUUUUUAUAUAAACUAUUUUUCUAUAAUAAUAAAAAAAUACAACUGA